GGUUUCAUGGCGUUUACAUUUAAUGUUAGGCCUAGGGACUUUACAUCUUCCCCGGUUCAAAAAAAUCAACACACCAUAGCUGCUCAACUCACUGAAAAACCUUACUAAUUAGGGUUUCAUGGCGUUUACAAACUGUUCAUCGCUUGCUCACCUAGAAACUUCAUCAAAACAUUCUAUAAUAACUUCAUCCUUUUCAAUUUCUCCACGAUUAUCAUCCUCCUCAUUUUCAUCUUCUUCGAUCAACCGCAAGCUCUCCAUUCCUCCAAAUCUACUUAAAAUUGAUCGCACAGCUGCAGUUAGACCACAAGCGGCUGCGGUCAAUGCAGUUGCUGAGGCCUUUACUGAAUUCAAGCACCUUCUUCUACCAAUAACAGAUCGAAAUCCUUAUCUCUCUGAAGGAACUAGACAGGCUGCUGCAACCACAGCUGCUUUGGCUAAGAAGUACGGUGCUGACAUAACUGUUGUUGUCAUUGAUGAAAAGCUGAAAGAAUCACUGCCAGAGCAUGACACUCAGCUUUCGAGCAUCCGCUGGCAUUUGUCUGAAGGUGGGUUUCAAGAGUUCAAGCUUUUAGAACGACUCGGGGAAGGUAGCAAGCCGACAGCGAUCAUAGGGGAGAUUGCAGAUGAUAUGAAUCUAGACUUGGUUAUUAUGAGUAUGGAAGCCAUCCAUUCAAAGCAUGUUGAUGCAAACCUGCUUGCCGAGUUCAUUCCAUGCCCAGUCAUUCUUCUUCCAUUGUAGAACCGACAUUUAUGCUUAACUCUGUUUUUUGAGGUGCUUUCUAUCUCUCAAAUUACAAACCCUUUAUGGAUCGAAUUACAUCGAUAUCUGUUGUAGAGUGUUCUGUCGAUUGAACCCGAGGGAUCACGACUUUCAGAUAAUCAAUGUGAUUGUGUUUGUAUGAGUUUAAUAAUUGAUUAUAUCGGCUAGUUUUGAUUAUACAUACAUUUACAAAA